AUGAAAAACAACAAAACAUUUCAUUUGAUUGAGACGUCUGUGACCUGGACUCAGGCUCAGAACUACUGCAGACAGCAUCACACCGACCUGGCCAGUGGACUCAAUCAGAUAUACAGUGAAGAGUUUAAGAAGUUGCAGAACUCUAAAGCCUCGUGUAUCGGCCUGUUCAGAGACAGCUGGAGGUGGUCAGAUGGGAGUAACUUCUCUUUCAGAUACUGGGACUCAUUUAAUGAUGGACUAAACAACAGGACAUGUGCUACGACUCUGUUGGGGAGAUCAGGAAGAUGGAGCUCUGCUGGAUGUGACCAAAGAAAGCCUUUCUUCUGCUAUGAUGAUAAACUGAUUCUGAUCAGGGAAAACCAAACCUGGGAGGAAGCCUUGAAUUACUGCAGACAGACACAUCAUGACCUGGUUUCAAUCAGCAACCCUGAGGAGCAGCGAUGGGUCCAGGAAAGAGCCAAAAAAGCCUCGACUCCUUUCAUGUGGCUGGGACUGCAGUACUCCUGCACUCUGGGUUUAUGGUUCUGGGUCAAUGACAACCUAGUGUGCUAUGAGAGGUGGGCUUCAGGGGGAAGGACUGAAGACUGUGGCAUGUCUGCAGCCAUGACCACAGGAGGGCAGCACGAGUGGUGUUUACAGUCUCUGGGUUUGAAAAUGACCAACAGAUUUUUACCUGCAGCUUAG